AUGCCACUGAGGGUGCUGCAGCUCAAUUUUCAUAAAAGCAAGAUUGCGUCGGCGGAACUCCUUUUUGCCCUGGAGCAAGGGUCCGUCGACAUAGCUUUGGUCCAAGAGCCAUGGAUUACCUCGGGCAAUGCCGUCGCCGGAUUAAAGUCCUCUAAUUACAACCUGUUCUAUACACCAUCGGUAAGCAGAAACAGAACCGCCGUACUUCUAUGGAAGGGCCUGCAUGCUAAUCUUAUGUCUCACUACAGCACGGAUGACCUGACUGUUGUGAUUCUGGAAGGCGAGAGGAUGCGUCUUCUGGUAGCUUCCUGCUACAUGGCACAUGAUAGGACGGCCCCACCGAAGGAACUCAGGAGCAUGGUGGAAGCCAGCCCGAACGACCAGCAACUGAUCGUGGGUACAGACGCCAACGCGCAUCACUGCGUGUGGGGGGGCACCGACAUCAACGACAGAGCUAACGUGGGGGAGAAGCAUACCUUUGUAGGUCCCACCUCCUCGAACGUGCUAGACCUAACACUCGUAAGGGGACAAAGUACUAUGGUUUCAGAAUGGAGAGUCCUUGAGAGACCAUCUUUCUCAGAUCAUAAAAACCACAGGAACACAAAAUCCGCUGAAGACAUAGAUAAGUCCCUAGAGACCCUCUCCAGAGAAUUAUUAGAUGCGCAACGCGCAGCAUGCCAGGACCAGACCACCCUGGUGGAACGGGAUUACAAGAAGGAAAUACGCAGGGCACAAAGAAGCUCGUGGAGAAACUUCUGCUCCAAUAUCAAGACGGCCCCAGAAACGGCUAGACUCUGGAAGCUGCUAUUGAAGCAGCCAACCAUACAGAGUCAGGACGGACAGUGGACUGAUGGCAGCGAAGAGGCCCUAACAGCACUAAUGCAUGCUCACUUCCAAGGAUGUACCGAGAUAUCCGAUGCCAACAAGCACCAGGACCUCGUAACUGGAGAAGAGCAUCUCCCAACAGAUCUAAUAUCCUCUAGAAGAAUCCAAUGGGCUAUAGACUCCUUUGCGGGAAUAAAAGCACCGGGACUAGAUGGAAUAUUUCCAGCCAUGCUACAGGUGACCAAAGAAGUGAUCACGCUACACGCUAUAUUCACAGCUCGCCUAAGCACGGGCUAUAUCCCUAUCCAAUGGAGGACCUCUAGGAUUGUCUUCCUGCCAAAAGGAGGAAAGUGCAGCCAUAUGAGCCCCAAGGAUUACAGGCUGAUUAGUCUCACCUCAUUCCUACUCAAGACGCUAGAAAAGCUGCUGGACAUAUACAUCAGAAAUGAUGGUGGUGCGUCCAACUCUGAUGUAUGGAGCCUUAGUGUGGUGGCAGGCUAUGGAAAAGAAGACAUACAACAAGCUCAUGGAGAGAACCCAGCGGCAGGCACUGCUCUGCAUAACAGGAGCGCUGAGGUCAACCCCCACGAAAGCACUCAAAACUACAGUUGGAGUUGA